AUGGCACUUGCACCGCCAACCACGGCAAGCUCAAGGUCUACUGAAUCGUCUUCCACCGAUGGAGACGUUACUUUGCAGGAGUCGUCUUCCACUGAGGGAGACGUGACUCUAGAGCUAAAGACCGAAACGACUGGCCAAAAUGCUCAAGAAAUGCCCGCCACCGAAGCACAGGCUACAGCUGGUGCCGUCCCAGUAGAACCUCCGCCGGACGGGGGUUUGAGGGCGUGGCUUCAGAUUGUUGCCGGGCAUCUCGUCGUCUUCAACACAUGGGGCUACAUCAUCAGCUUCGGCAUCUUCCAGCCGUACUACAUGGAGAUGCUCAACCUCCCGGCCUCGUCCGUGUCUUGGAUUGGAAGCAUCCAGACGUGCCUUGUAUACCUCGUUGGCGCAUUCUCUGGGCGUGCCUUUGACGCUGGAUACACCAGGACCUUUAUCAUAGUAGGAUUCCUCAUGCAGGUGGUGGGAAUCUUUACAACGAGCGUUGCGACCACAUAUUGGCAGCUGUUCCUUGCGCAGGGGAUUUGCCAGGGCUUGGGCUGUGGACUUGUCUUUGCACCAACGGUUGCCAACAUGUCGACGUACUUCUCCAAGAAGAAGACGCUGGCCUUGUCGGCGGCGGCUUGCGGCGGCGGAACUGGGGGCGUCAUCUUCCCCCUGAUUGCGCAGCAGCUGAUUCCCCAGGUCGGAUUCCGCUGGGCGGUCCGAGUCAUGGGCUUUGUGGUUCUGGCCAUCAGCGUCGUCAUCGUUGCGCUCAUGAGGACGAGGCUGCCACCGCGAAAGGCCGGCCCUCUGGUUGACUGGCCUGCUUUCGGGGAGUUGACCUAUGUCCUGUUUGCCAUUAGCAUGUUCAUCACGCUUUGGGCAACGUAUUUUGCGUACUACUACGCACGCCCGUACUCAAUAGAUCGGCUCGACGGAUCUCAAUCGACGUCUUUCAACAUGCUCAUGAUCAUCAACGCCAUUGGCAUUCCAGGACGACUUGUACCGGCUUACCUGGCUGACCGAUACUUUGGAGCCGUCAACAUGUUCAUCCCCACGAUCCUGGCCGCGGCCAUUUGCACAUUUGCUUGGGCGGGCGUUGAUUCCAUCACUGGAGAUUACGUCUGGGUUGCCUUCUUUGGCUUCUUCGGCGCUGGCAUCCAGGGCAUGUUCCCCGCGACAACAGCCGGGCUGACCAAGGACCUGAGCAAGGCUGGUGUGCGGAUCGGCAUGAUAUUCACCAUAAUCAGCGUUGCAGCUCUUACUGGGCCGCCGCUGGCUGGAAAGCUGGUUGCGGUGGCUGGUGGAAGCUAUAUCGGAGCUCAGAUCUGGGGAGGAGUCUGUCUCGUUGUUGGGGCAUUGUUUCUAAUAGGCGCGAGUUGGGCGAGCCAGCGGGAGCUUAAAAAAGCAAAGAGCAUUCAAUCUCUCAGGAGCGAAAACAGCAUGGGGGAUUUAGAAAAGAACAGCGCCAUGGAUCUGCCGCAGCUGCGCCAGAGCCCUGCGACGAUCCCACCAGCUGCAGAUUGUCCGAUUCUCCUCCAAUGUUCUCUGGCCCCGAGCCUCCUCCGCCGCGCUCAAUCGCUAUCCGAAGAGCAUGGCGAUCUUCAAAAGAGCCUCAACAGCUCCUUUGACGCUACCAAGGCCAAGCGCGCUGGCGAAUUGGGCCGCGUAGCCUCUGCCCUACGAGCGUGGGAGACGGCUCAGUCGUCGAUUACGGAACUUGUCUCGAUGACAGAGGAUCCAGACCAGGACCCGGAUCUUGCUUCCAUCGCCCGAGACGAGCUGGAAGGAGAGCGUGCGAAGCUAGACGUGCUGGAGAAGAGGCUCAAGGAAAGUCUCACGCCGAGACACGCCUUUGCCGAUCUACCAUGCAUGGUUGAGUUUCGGCCCGGGCCUGGAGGUCUUGAGGGCAGGUACUUUACCGACACGCUGUUCAAGAUGUACAAGGCGUUGUGUGCACGGCGAGGCUACAGGGCCAACGUGCUCAAGUACGAAAUGGCCGAGGCCGCAGGCGAUCAGUCUUCGUCCUCCGGCGAACAGCCCGUCCAGGAAGCCGUCCUCGAAAUCCAAGACGAGGGCGCCUACGACAUCUUCCGGGGAGAGGCGGGCAUGCACCGCGUGCAGCGCAUCCCCAGCACCGAGAGCAAGGGCCGAGUGCACACGAGUGCCGUGGCCGUCUGGGUUCUGCCGUCGUUCCAAGAGGGCGGCAGCGGCGCGGACAAUGUCGAUGUCGAGGAUCCGGAGAGCGACUUUUACGUCAAUCCCCAGGACGUCAAGAUUGAGACGAUGCGAGCCAGGGGAGCUGGUGGACAGCACGUCAACAAGACAGAGUCUGCUAUUCGCAUGACGCACACCCCUACUGGCACCGUGGUCUCCAUGCAGGACCACCGUUCGCAGCAGCGCAACCGCGAGGACGCGUGGAAAGUGCUUCGUUCCCGUAUCGCCAGUCAGCGUGCCGAGCAGCGCGAAGAGGAGGCAUCCAAGCUUCGCAGCAGCGUCUUGUCGCAGGCGCAGAUCACGCGGGGCGACAAGAUCCGCACGUAUAAUUACAACCAAGACAGAUGUACGGACCACAGGGCCGGAAUGGAUGUGCACAAUUUGCCGGAUGUGCUGGAGGGAGGCGAGACGCUGGAUAAAGUGAUGGAGGCGGCGAGGGAGUGGCUGGUGGGCAAGGAGGUUGAAAUGCUGGUCCUGGAGGAAGAGGCCAAGGCGAAGAAGUGA